AUGACGGUCAAAUCACAUCGCAUCCGCAUUUCCAUCGAUCGAGGCGGCACUUUCACCGAUGUCCACGCCUCUAUCCCGGGCAGAGGGGACAUCAUCCUGAAGCUUCUGUCAGUGGACCCUGCCAACUACCAAGAUGCCCCGACAGAAGGCAUUCGCAGGAUCCUGGAGAUGGUCACCGGAGAGACAUUACCCAGAGGUCAGUUGCUUGACCUGUUCCAUGUCGAGUCGAUCCGCAUGGGCACCACCGUAGCCACAAAUGCCCUUCUCGAGCGGAAAGGCGAACGCGUGGCUCUGAUCACGACCAAGGGUUUCCGUGACUUACUAGCGAUUGGGAACCAAUCACGCCCCAACAUUUUCGACCUGUCCGUUGCACGACCUGAGGUCCUGUUCAACGAGGUUGUUGAGGUCGAGGAGCGCAUCACGAUGGAAGAUUACACCGAAGACCCUGCAUCUGUUAAGACGACCCCGACGUCUGAUGACGCACAACUGGUCACAGCAGUAACAGGAGAGACGAUCCGCGUUCUCAAGAGACCAGACUUGGCAGCGGUCAAGACCCAGCUCGAGAACGUCUGGGACCAGGGCUUCCGUUCCCUUGCAGUCGUCUUCAUCCACUCGUACGCCUACCCGGAACACGAGCUGUUGGUCGGAAGGGUGGCUUCAGAAAUGGGCUUCUCAGUGACUCUGUCAUCGGAGGUCCAGCCCAUGAUCAACGUCGUUCCUCGCGGAAUGUCCGCUGUAGCUGACGCCUAUCUUACCCCUGUCAUCCGGCAAUAUAUCGACUCCAUUUCCGCCAACUUCAAAGGCGGUUUCGGCGCAGCCGCGACCCGCAUUGAGUUCAUGCAAUCAGACGGUGGUCUAGUGGACUACCGCAAGUUCAGCGGCCUGAAAGCCAUCCUUUCCGGCCCGGCCGGCGGUGUUGUUGGGUACGCGCAAACCUCAUGGGAUGACGAAGAGCGUAAGCCGGUCAUCGGCUUCGACAUGGGCGGAACUUCUACCGACGUUUCGCGCUACGCGGGUGUGUACGACCACGUCUUCGAGACCACGACUGCCGGCAUCGCCAUUCAGUCACCACAACUCGACAUUCACACCGUCGCUGCCGGAGGCGGCUCCAUCUUGACCUGGAAGAAUGGACUCUUCAAUGUCGGGCCCGAAUCCGCCUCGGCGCACCCUGGCCCUGCAUGCUACCGCAAAGGUGGCCCGCUCACCGUGACGGACGCAAACUUGUUCCUCGGCAGACUGCUUCCCGAGUAUUUCCCCAAAGUCUUUGGUCCCAAGGAGAACGAGCCUCUCAACCGGGAGGUCACCGCCGCCAAGUUCCUGGAGCUGACAAGCGAGAUCAACAAGGAUCGAGAGGUUUCUGGCCUCUCUCUCUUGUCUCCUGAGGAAGUCGCCCUCGGAUUCCUAAAGGUUGCUGACGAGGGCAUGGCAAGCCCGAUCCGUGCGUUGACGGAAGCUCGUGGCUACGAGGCUGGUGCCCAUCACUUGGCCUGCUUUGGCGGCGCCGGCGGUCAGCAUGCCUGCUCUGUCGCGACCGUUCUCGGUAUCUCCCGCGUCAUCAUCCACAAGUACUCCUCCAUCCUUUCGGCGUAUGGCAUGUCACUCGCAGACGUUGUCCACGAGAUUCAGAAGCCGUCCGCCAUCACCUACUCCGAGGAGACCAAGGGCAGCAUCCAGAAGCAGCUCGAGGAGCUCUCUUCUCAGGCCUCCUUGGAGCUGAUGAAGCAGGGCUUCACCGAAGACCUCAUCACGCACGACACCUACCUCAACAUGCGGUACGCCGGAUCAAGCAGCUCUCUCAUGAUCUUGAAGGGAGCCGACUGGGACUUUAAGACCGAGUUCGAGGAUGCCCACCGUCGCGGAUUUGGCUUUCACUUCCCCGAGAAGGCCAUCAUUGUUGACGACAUACGCGUUCGAGCCACUGGCGCAGCUCGCGCCAAAGUGGAGAAGAGCCCCUUCGCCCAAAUGAAGGCUGUUGAAGGCUCCUCUGCUCCCAGCCCCAAGCCUAGCGCCACCAACCAGGUCUACUUUGAAGGUCACGGGCAUCUAGACACUUCCGUCUACCAGCUCCAGACCAUCCCCGUUGGCGCUCGCAUAUCCGGCCCGGCCCUGAUCAUUGACAACACACAGACGAUUCUCGUCACCCCAUCCACGACCGCCACGGUACUCGAGAGCUAUGUUGUCAUUGACCGUGAGCCAGAAGAGAAAGUCUCCAAGAAAGAUGGCGAACAGGAGGAGUUUAGCCCUGUCCAACUGACCGUCUUCGGUCACCGCUUCAUGUCGAUUGCUGAGCAGAUGGGACGCACUUUGCAGAAGACCGCCGUGUCGACCAACAUUAAGGAGCGACUCGACUUUUCUUGCGCAAUCUUCAGUCCCGAUGGUGGCCUUGUCGCCAACGCCCCUCAUGUUCCCGUGCACCUUGGGUCUAUGCAAUUUGCCGUACGCUAUCAGCACGAGCUUUGGAAGGGCAAGCUCCGGGACGGGGAUGUUCUCGUCUCGAACCACCCGUCCUGCGGCGGUACCCAUCUGCCUGACAUCACCGUCAUUACUCCGGUCUUUGACGGACAUGAAUUGGCCUUCUACGUCGCUUCAAGAGGGCACCACGCGGAUAUCGGCGGUAUCCUACCCGGCUCCAUGCCACCGACGUCAUACGCCCUUUGGCAAGAAGGUGCUGCUAUCGAGUCAACAAAGUUGGUUAGCGAGGGCCGCUUCAACGAGAAUGAGGUCCGUCGCCUGCUCCUCGAGGAGCCCGCGCAAUACGAGGGCUGCUCGGGUACCCGUCGACUGCAAGACAACCUUUCCGACCUCAACGCUCAGAUUGCUGCCAACGCCAAGGGCAUCUCCCUGAUCAAGGCCCUCAUUACGGAAAACGGCCUCGCGACCGUCCACCGAUACAUGUAUGCAAUCCAGCACACAGCCGAGCACGCUGUACGUGAGUUGAUGCAAUCCACGCUUGCCAAAUUCGGUCCCGACCCGCUCCUUGCAGUGGACUACAUGGACGACGGUACUCCCAUCUCUCUCAAGAUCACAAUCGCCUCCGACGGCUCCGCUACCUUUGACUUCACCGGCACGGGCCCGCAUGUCCUCGGCAACACCAACGCCCCCAUCGCCAUCACACACUCCGCCAUCAUCUACUGCCUGCGCGGCCUCAUUUCCUCUCAGAUCCCCCUGAACCAGGGUUGCCUGGCCCCCAUCGACAUUGUCAUCCCCGAAGGCAGCAUCCUCAACCCCGGCGCCGGCCUCGCCGUGGUCGGCGGCAACGUCCUUACCUCGCAGCGCAUCACGGAUGUGGUCUUGAAGGCGUUCCGCGCCUCUGCCGCCAGCCAGGGCUGCUGCAACAACCUGACCUUUGGCACGGGCGGCAAGGACCCCGUCACCGGCGAGCACAAGGACGGCUUCGGCUACUACGAGACCAUUGCGGGCGGCGCCGGUGCCGGCCCGACCUGGGUGGGCCAGAGCGGCGUCCACACCCACAUGACGAACACCCGCAUCACGGACCCCGAGGUCUUUGAGAAGCGGUACCCGUGCAUCCUGAGGCGCUUCCAGCUCAGGGAGAACUCGGGUGGCAAGGGUCGCAACAGGGGCGGCGACGGCACCAUCCGAGAAAUCGAGUUCCGCGUGCCAGUCCAGUGCUCGAUCCUGAGUGAGCGGAGAAGCCGUCGGCCGUACGGCAUGGAGGGCGGUGGUGACGGAGAAUCUGGCUUGAACUUGGUCAUCGUUCGGGAUGAUAUGACCGGAAAGGACAGGACUGUUAAUUUGGGUGCAAAGGCGACGACAAAGCUUCGCGCCGGCGAGAGGGUUAUCAUCCAGUCACCUGGAGGAGGCGCCUGGGGUGCGCCCAUUGAAGCAAAAUAG